CCUGUUUCAGAAACACCACUGGAUAGAGAGCAGCGAGCAUUCGACUUCCCUCUUCCUUAAACCUGUCGGGCUGUGGGCUCUCUCUCUCUCUCUCUCUCCCUCUCUCUCUUCCCCCCUUGUUCCUUUCUUUUCCUUUUUUUUCCUUUAUCCUUUUUUUUUUUAACUUUCAAGGCAAGUUCAUGGAUACUAAGCUGAUGUGUUUGUUGUUCUUUUUCUCUCUGCCUCCGAUCCUAGUGAGUAACCACACUGGCCGCAUCAAGGUGGUCUUUACUCCGAGCAUCUGUAAAGUGACGUGCACCAAGGGCAGCUGUCAGAACAGCUGUGAGAAGGGGAACACCACCACUCUCAUUAGUGAGAAUGGCCAUGCUGCCGACACCCUGACAGCCACGAACUUCCGAGUGGUAAUCUGCCAUCUUCCAUGUAUGAAUGGUGGACAGUGCAGUUCAAGGGACAAAUGUCAGUGCCCUCCAAACUUCACAGGAAAGCUUUGUCAGAUUCCAGUCCAUGGUGCCAGUGUGCCUAAACUUUACCAACAUUCCCAACAGCCAGGUAAAGCACUGGGCACACAUGUCAUCCAUUCCACACAUACCUUGCCUCUAACCAUGACCAGCCAACAAGGAGUCAAAGUGAAAUUUCCUCCCAACAUAGUUAACAUCCACGUGAAGCACCCUCCUGAAGCUUCCGUCCAGAUACAUCAGGUUUCAAGAAUUGAUGGCCCCACUGGACAGAAGGUAAAGGAAUCUCAGCCAGGCCAGUCCCAAGUAUCAUACCAAGGGCUCCCUGCCCAGAAGACCCAGACGGCGCACUCCACAUACCCUCACCAGCAGCUCCUCCCACACGUCUAUCCGGUGGCUGCCAAGACUCAGCUUGGCCGCUGCUUCCAGGAAACCAUCGGGUCACAGUGUGGCAAAGCUCUUCCUGGCCUUUCAAAGCAAGAGGACUGCUGUGGAACUGUGGGUACCUCCUGGGGCUUUAACAAAUGCCAGAAAUGCCCCAAGAAGCCAUCUUAUCAUGCAUAUAGUCAAAUGUUGGAAUGCCUACAAGGUUAUAAGCGGGUUAACAACACCUUUUGUCAAGAUAUUAAUGAAUGUCAGCUGCAAGGCGUGUGCCCCAAUGGUGAGUGUUUGAAUACCAUGGGCAGCUAUCGGUGCACCUGCAAAAGAGGAUUUGGGCCAGAUGCUACCUUUUCAAGUUGUGUUCCGGAUCCCCCUGUGAUCUCAGAAGAGAAAGGGCCCUGCUACCGACUUGUCAGUUCCGGCAGGCAGUGUAUGCACCCUCUGUCUGUUCACCUCACCAAGCAGCUCUGCUGUUGUAGUGUGGGCAAGGCCUGGGGCCCACACUGUGAGAAAUGUCCCCUUCCAGGCACAGCUGCUUUUAAGGAAACCUGUCCUGGUGGACUGGGUUAUACGGUGUCUGGCGUUCAUAGACGCAGGCCAAUCCAUCACCAUGUAGGUAAAGGACCUCUGUUUGUCAAGCCAAAGAACACUCAACCUGUUGCUAAAAGUACUCAUCCUCCACCUCUCCCAGCCAAGGAAGAGCCAGUGGAGGCCCUGACCUUCUCCCGGGAACACAGGCCAGGAGCGGCCGAGCCUGAAGUGGCAACUGCAGCCCCUGAGAAGGAAAUACCUUCACUGGAUCAAGAGAAAACCAAACUCGAGCCUGGGCAACCCCAGCUCUCUCCAGGCAUUUCAACUAUUCACCUGCACCCACAAUAUCCAGUAGUAAUUGAAAAGACAUCUCCCCCAGUGCCUGUGGAAAUCGCCCCUGAAGCUUCUACUUCAAGUGCCAGCCAAGUGAUCGCGCCUACUCAAGUAACAGAAAUCAAUGAGUGCACUGUGAACCCUGACAUCUGUGGAGCAGGCCACUGCAUUAACCUGCCUGUGAGGUAUACCUGCAUUUGCUAUGAGGGCUACAAGUUCAGUGAGCAGCAGAGGAAAUGCGUUGAUAUUGAUGAAUGUGCUCAGGUGCAACACCUCUGCUCCCAGGGACGCUGUGAAAACACCGAAGGAAGUUUCUUGUGUAUUUGCCCAGCAGGAUUUAUGGCCAGUGAGGCGGGUACUAACUGCAUAGAUGUGGAUGAGUGUCUAAGGGCCGAUGUGUGUGGGGACGGCCACUGUGUGAACACCAUGGGGGCCUUCCGGUGUGAAUACUGCGACAGCGGCUACCGGAUGACCAGGAGGGGUCGUUGUGAGGAUAUUGAUGAAUGCUUGACACCAAGUACUUGUCCAGAUGAGCAGUGUGUGAAUUCCCCGGGGUCUUACCAGUGUGUCCCCUGCACGGAAGGCUUCCGAGGCUGGAAUGGACAAUGUGUUGACGUGGAUGAGUGCCUGGAGCCAAACGUCUGCACGAACGGUUCUUGCGCCAACCUCGAAGGAUCCUACAUGUGCUCAUGCCACCGGGGUUACAGCCCAACACCAGACCACAGGCGCUGUCAAGAUAUUGAUGAAUGCCAGCAAGGGAACCUCUGCAUGAAUGGGCAAUGCAAGAACACAGAUGGCUCCUUCCGCUGCACCUGUGGCCAGGGCUACCAGCUGUCGGCAGCUGAAGACCAGUGUGAAGAUAUUGAUGAAUGCCAGUACCGGCACCUGUGCACUCACGGGCAAUGCAGGAACACAGAAGGUUCCUUCCAGUGCGUGUGUGACCAGGGCUACAGAGCGUCAGUGCUCGGAGACCACUGUGAAGAUAUCAACGAAUGCUUGGAGGAUAAGAGUGUUUGCCAGGGUGGGGACUGCAUUAAUACUCCAGGGUCCUAUGACUGCACCUGCCCAGCUGGCUUCCAGAUAAACGACAAUAGACAAUGUCAAGAUAUUAAUGAAUGUGAACAGCCAGGGCUCUGCGGUCUUCAGGGGGAGUGUCUGAACACAGAGGGCUCUUUCCACUGCGUCUGUGAACAGGGCUUUUCCAUCUCCGCAGAUGGCCGUACAUGUGAAGAUAUUGAUGAAUGUGUAAACAACACUAUAUGUGACAGUCACGGGUUUUGUGACAAUACAGCUGGCUCCUUCCGCUGCCUCUGUUAUCAGGGCUUUCAAGCCCCACAGGAUGGGCAAGGGUGUGUGGAUGUGAAUGAAUGUGAACUGCUCAGUGGUGUGUGUGGAGAAGCCUUCUGUGAGAACGUGGAAGGGUCCUUCCUAUGUGUGUGUGCAGACGAAACCCAGGAGUACAGCCCCAUGACCGGGCAGUGCCGCUCACGGGUGUCUGAGGAUGUAGACGUAGAUCAACCCAGAGAGGAAAAGAAAGAAUGCUACUAUAACCUCAACGAUGCCAGUCUCUGUGAUAAUGUACUGGCCCCCAACGUCACCAAACAAGAAUGCUGCUGUACAUCAGGAGCUGGCUGGGGGGACAACUGUGAGAUCUUCCCCUGUCCGGUCCUGGGGACUGCCGAGUUCGCGGAAAUGUGUCCUGGAGGGAAAGGAUUUGUCCCCGCAGGAGAAUCAUCCUACAACACGGGUGGUGAGAACUACAAAGAUGCUGAUGAAUGUGUACUGUUUGGCCAGGAAAUCUGCAAAAAUGGUUUCUGUUUGAACACUCAGCCUGGGUACGAAUGCUACUGUAAGCAGGGAACGUACUACGAUCCUGUGAAACUGCAGUGUUUCGAUCUGGACGAAUGUCAAGACCCCAACAGUUGUGUUGAUGGCCAGUGCGUGAACACAGAAGGCUCUUACAACUGCUUCUGUACCCAUCCCAUGGUCCUGGAUGCUUCAGAGAAAAGAUGCAUACGUCCAACAGAAUCAAAUGAACAAAUAGAAGAAACGGAUGUCUACCAGGAUCUGUGCUGGGAGCAUCUGAGUGAUGAGUACGUGUGCAGCCGUCCUCUCGUGGGCAAGCAGACUACGUACACCGAGUGCUGCUGCUUGUACGGCGAGGCCUGGGGCAUGCAGUGUGCCCUCUGCCCCAUGAAGGACUCAGACGACUACGCGCAGCUGUGCAACAUCCCGGUGAGCGGCCGGCGGCAGCCCUACGGCCGCGACGCCCUGGUGGACUUCAGCGAGCAGUACGCCCCGGAGGCCGACCCCUACUUCAUCCAGGACCGAUUUUUGAAUAGCUUUGAGGAGCUGCAGGCUGAGGAAUGUGGCAUCCUGAAUGGAUGUGAAAAUGGUCGCUGUGUGAGGGUCCAGGAAGGCUAUACCUGUGACUGCUUUGAUGGGUACCACUUGGAUAUGGCCAAGAUGACCUGUGUCGAUGUCAACGAAUGUGAUGAGUUGAACAACCGGAUGUCCCUGUGCAAAAAUGCCAAGUGCAUUAACACGGAAGGCUCCUACAAAUGUUUGUGUCUGCCAGGCUUCGUACCUUCUGACAAGCCCAACUACUGCACUCCAUUGAAUACCGCCUUGAGUCUAGAGAAAGACAGUGACCUGGAGUAAGAGAGAACCUACAUAACCUAAGCCCAUAUACUCUGCACUGUGUAAAGGAAAAGGGAGAAAUGUAUUAUACUUGAGACAUUGCACCUAACCCAGAGUGUUGGAAGCUCAGAAACAGCAUGGAGUUGCAUAUUCUCUGAAGACCAUGAGAAGAUUCAGUAUGAACCUGACUGGUGUCACAGACCAAAUGGACAUUUCUCUGAAAAGCCAGUAUAUAUAGUCUGUUCAUAUGUAAAAUUCAGUGGGAGAGAGGCAGAGGACAGUGCUGUUAUUUUAAACAGAAGGUUGUAUUAUUAUGUUGUUUCUUUUUUUUUAACUAUUGCUUAAGUUUGGCAUUUAAAAUAGUGGUGGAAAUGUUUUAUAUAAUUUCCUCUUGGUUUUUUUUUUGGUUGUGCAGUUCCUUGCCUCUUGUUUUUUCUUUCUCUUUCCAGAUUUUUUUUGAAUCACAAGUGCAAAAGUUUUUGAUAAAAUAUUGUUAAACUGUAUAGUAAGUAUUGUGACACAAGGCUAUGCGAUUCUUUGGUCUGGAGCCUUUUUUCAAAUUGAUAUUGUCUGUCCUGUGGAGCAGGCAGUGAUUUUGUUUCAGUACUUUUAUACACCAUAUGAGGAAAAGGAAAAAAAAAUCUUUAUAUUUUCAGCAUGUUUUCUGAUUUUUUUAAAGGCCCAUUCUUAGCCAAAGCUGCUAGCUGAUUUCCAUUGGAUCCCUGUUCUUCAACAGAAUGGAAGAACUGAAAUGAGCUUUUAUGUAAAGAAAACCCAGCAAAAACUUGAUCUCCAGUAGAGUUGCCAUUGUAUGUCAAAGUGAAAAUGAAUCACCAUUUUUGUAGGAAAAAAAUAAUCUACCUGAGAGUGAUUGUCACUGAGUACAUGUGUAAAAAUUCCAUCUGGUUCACUCACUUCAUCCUCCUGCUUUUAAAAAUGCUCCUCUAUUACUAUUACUUUCGUUUUUAUAAGUUAGUAAUUUGUUAGAUAUUGUCAUGGAUUGAAUUUUUACCUCUUAAAAUUUAUAUAUUGAAAUUCUAACCCCCAGUGAUUAUAUUUGGAGAUAGGAUCUUUAGAAGGGGAAUUAAGAGUUAAAUGAGAUCACCGGGGAUAAACUGUAAUCCAGCAGGACUGGUGUCUUUACAUAAAAGAAGACUGACCAGAGCCCAGAUACACACAGGAAGACACAGGAUGGCCAUCUAUGAACAAAGGAGUGAGGCCUCAGAAGAAAAGGAAAUCAACCCUGCCAAAACUUUGACCUUGAACUUUUACCUCUCCGAAUUGUGAGGAAAAUAAAUUUCUGUUGUUUAAACCACCUA